AUGAGCGCUCCGAGCACAUCGUCACUAGGUUCUCCUGCCAACAAUUCCGGACGAGAUGCGUCUUCGGAAGACGUGGGGAACCUGAUGUCUUUUCAUUGCAGUGUCAUCUCUUUUGAAUCUGACACGAUGCAGUUUGUUCGGGGAGCGCUUAGUGAGGCGCUAAAGAACGCUCGAGCUCAUGGAGGGCGUGUCUAUGUUGACCUCUUCCGCUCCAGUGUAGGAGGAGGGCGCCCGGCGGUCUCCUUCGUCUGUCCAAUCGGGGAAACCAGGAGACAGAUACCGCUAGCUCACGUCCAGCCUCUGUCCCCCAAAACGCUGAUGUGCUGCCCCUUUUCCGAUGGAAACAGCCGGUUCUCUUUCUCGUCUGCGCCCGGGCCCCCGGACUCACAGGCGGCAGACGGGGCGGGGAACAGUCUGAGAGAAGCAGGCGGUUCUUCGGCGUUUGAUUCCAUCUUCGGGCUUGAGUUCCAGGAUGAAGCCAAGGCAAACGCAUUCCUCGCAGAAUGGAAUCGAAUUCAUGAGGCAGCUCCGCAAGUCGAGAAAGAGAACGGCCGCGCUUCAGCUGUACAUACACGGCCGAGCCAACGGCCCAUGGGUGGGCACAUGGGGGAAAUGGAUGCGUCGGUGGUUGAGACUUACUUUCAGUACUACGGGAAAAUGACGAAUCAAAUGAACAUGCUGCAGGACACGAUGCGGACCACCACGUACCAGCGGGCUAUCGUCGAAAAUCGCGCAGAUUUCGAAGGGAAAGUCGUCAUGGAUGUCGGUGCCGGCUCCGGCAUCCUCUCCUUCUUCGCAGCUCAGGCUGGUGCCAAGAAAGUAUACGCAGUUGAGGCGAGCAACAUGGCUGCGACCCUGGCUCUGCUCUGCCGAGGCAAUCCCGCUCUCGGAAGUCGAAUUCAAAUCAUCAACAAGCCUCUGGAAAGCAUCGAAGAGCACGAGGUCCCCGAAAAGGUCGACGUCCUCAUCUCGGAGCCCAUCGGAACGCUUCUGUUCAACGAGCGCAUGAUUGAAACCUACCUCUCUGCUCGAGACCGCUUCCUCAAACCCGGGGGCAAGAUGUUUCCGAGCAAGUCGUCGCUCUUCGUCGCACCUUUCGCGGACUACGUCCUGCACACGGACAUGCUCAACAAAUGCAAUUUCUGGAAGCAGACAGACUUUUGCGGGGUGGAUCUCUCGGCCGCUUUCGAGGUGGCCGUCGUCGAGCAGUUUCGCCAGCCGAUCGUGGACUACAUUGACCCUGCCCUGCUUCUCGCGCCGCCGCAGUACAAGGAGUUUGACUUCACCACGGUUCCUCGACAGGCUCUCGAAGAGAUCGCAAUCGAGUUUUCCUUUACAGUGCGCAGCCCGACGUUGGUUCACGGCAUCGCCGGCUGGUUUGACGUUUGGUUCGAGGGCUCGGAGAAGCUCGUGAGCUUCAGCACUUCGCCGUUCUCGCCGCCUACGCACUGGUUUCAGACGCGCGUGGUGCUGCGCGAGCCUCUGGCGGUCAACCCUGGUCAGCCCGUCUCCGGCAGGUUGCUCAUGAGAGGCAACAAGCAGCAGAGCUACUUCCUCGAUGUCUCUCUGGCUCUGCAAGACUGCAGCGUGUCGACGACGGCGAAGAACGUAGACCUCAAGGAUCCGGAUUAUCGGUACUACUCGAACCCGGCGCACAGCUACUUCCCGAGUUGCCAGCAGACGGGCUACGCGGCGCAGCCGGCCGCUCAGGCGUCGGCGCCGGCGCCAGGCAGUCCUAGCAGCUCGGCAGCGGCGGAGGCGUUCUCCGCGUCCUCGUCCGUCACCUCGUCUGCGGCGUCUCUCUUUUCGUGGUCUGAGGCCGUGCCCAUCGCCGCGUCGUCGAGCUUCGCCGACUGCGAAGGAGCGCGGAGACAUGCGCCCGCAGAGUCGGCAGAAGCGACCGCGAAAAAAACGUUUCCCUCGCCGCCCUGGGACGCGGAGGCUGCCCCCCCCCGGCAGAGCGACCGGGCUGGAAGAAACCCCGACGCCGGCAUCGCCGAGGCGAACCGCGAAAUGCGGCAUUUCUUUGGAAGCUAA